AUGAGGAGCAAACACAAGAGCAAGAGAUGGAUGACUAUCAAAAUUAACCUGGAGAAAGCUUAUGACUAUGUUCGUUGGGAUUUCAUCGAAGCUUCCCUCCAAGCUGCAGGCUCUUUCUCUCUCAAAAGUGCUUAUGGCAAGCUUCAGGAACGUACUUGGAACUUGAAAGAACCCAUUUGCCAGCUUCUUUUGAAAUUUAAAGGUCCGCAAAGAGUUGGAUUUUUUCCAUGGCUCAUUCUCAAACAACAUCUGCUCACAAAUGCGGAGAGGGCAAGAAGAGGAGUUGGAAUUGACAACGCUUGUCAAGUUUGUAAACAUGGCUCUGAAGAUGUAUUGCAUGUUCUAAGGGAUUGCCUUACGGGCUACUCAUGGAACAUUGGUGAAAUCAUCAAGAUAUCCUAUAGUUGGGUGAAGCAGUACGAUUCUGUUCCAAAAUCUCCAGUAUAUAGAACAAGAAGUAUUGCUAGUAACCCCCAUCUUGAAAGGAAUUGGGUGCGCCUGACUACGGAUGGUUCGGUCAGGAUGAAUGUUAGCUUUGCUGCUGCCAGGGGUUAUGUGUGUCACUAUAAUGGGGUCUGGAUUUUUUACUACAACAGAUAUUUGGGUAUGUGCAUGGUGUUGGACGCCGAGCUUUGGGGUAUCUUGGAUGGUUUGCAUCUUAUUCUAGAACGGGGUUAUGGAAGCAUUUUGAUUGAAACUGACAAUCUUAAAAUGGUGAAUGCCAUUUAA